CCAUUGCAAUCCUCGUGUUUGUAGGAGCGGGGGAGUCUGUUGUUUCUCCUGAGUCCUUUUCAUUACAUAAGAUUGUCUCUGCUUUUUCUCCCUCUUUACGCGAUCCAUAAUCUAACACUCUUGGGAAUCCUCCUUUCAUUAACCGAUCCAAAUCUCGCCGCCGGGGGACCUCCGUCCCUCGCCGGAAACUUCAUUCAUUCCGGUUGGCGGCUUUCAAUCGUCCGGCGAGGUUAGGAGGAGGAGGAGGACAAGGCACUAAACAACACAGACUUCCUUGCUUGCUUGCUCUGACCUGACCGAAUUAUCCAAACGUAAAACCAAAGGAUCACACGGGGUUCUUAACGUGCAAUGACAGAAAAACAGGAGAGAGACGAAGCUACCAACCGAUUCAGGAGGCUCUUGCACGCCACAGAUUCUUAGAUCUCCUUCGAGAUCCUCUUAACCUUCAUCGAUCCUUUUCUUUAAAUUCCCUCGAAAAAAAGUUGUAGCUCUAGGUGCCACCAUGCCAUCGGAAAGGAUGGACUCGAAUGGAUUUUCAUCUUCUUUCUUCUCAGAGCAUGUGAAUUUUCCUAACGAGAGGCAGGUUGGCUUCUGGAAGUCUGGAAUCACACCAGCUGACUACGGUAUGAAAAUAGUUGGAGCAGCUUCAAUUGCAGCAAAUAACAGUUCAAUUGCUUCAUCAUUACCAUUGGAGGGACAGCCUCAAACAUAUUCCUUUGGACAACAUGAUCCACGGCUAAUCCAUAGUCCUAAAGUUGGCCAUAGUUUCGAGAAACAUGCCGUUGGAUCAGAGAGAGCAGCUAUGAGAAGGCAUCUUAACCUCAGUUCAGAAACAAGAUCCAACUUUAACGGUGAAGGAAAUCUUAUGAUGGGUGUGCAAUAUGAAAGUGGUCAGUUGUCAAGCUCAUUGUCCGAAUUAUUUGACCGACAAUGUAAUUAUAGAUUGCCUCAAGUUAAUGCUUCAUAUGAGGAAGUGGAGCCAUUUGAUUCUCUUGAGGAGAUUGAGGCACAGACCAUUGGAAAUCUUCUUCCCAAUGAUGAUGACUUCCUAAAUGGUCUGACUGCUUAUGCAUCCCAACGCAAUGGCGAAGAAGAGAGCGAAGAUUUAGACUUCUUUAGCAGUGUUGGUGGUAUGGAUCUAGGAGACGACGAAUUUUCUUUGGGGAGAAAUGACUCGUUCUCUGUUGUUGGUGAUCAUUCUUAUGGGGAAAGCCCGUCUCAUACGUUGUUUAUUCGUAAUAUAAAUAGUACCGUUGAAGACUCUGAACUACACGCCCUUUUUGAGCAAUAUGGAGUUAUUCGCACACUUUAUACAACAUGCAAACGUAGGGGAUUUGUUAUGAUAUCAUAUUAUGACAUAAGAGCUGCGGAAAAUGCAAUGAAAGCUCUUCAGAACCAACCAUUGAGGAAUAGACGGCUCGACAUACAAUUCUUCAUUCCACGGGACAAUUCUUUAGAGGGAGAUAUAAAUCAAGGCAUUGUUGUGGUUUCAAACCUAGAUUCUUCUGUUUCAAAUGAAGAGAUACGCCGAAUUUUUUGUCCCUAUGGCGAGAUUAAGGAGGUCUCCGAGAGUUCACACCAAGGCCAGCAUAAAGUUAUCCAUUUUUAUGAUGUUAGAGACGCAAAAACCGCCCUUAAUGCAGUUAAAAAUAGUGAGAUAGCUGGAAAUCUAAUUAAACAUAAUAACCCUGCAAAUAAUUCGUUUAUUACACAUGGUGGAAUUGCACCAUCGUCUUCCAUGGACAAUGGAACUCUUCCAGGAUCACACUUGUCUAUUGAAUCACCUUACAGUCAAUUCAUGGAUAGUGCAUUCCGCCAUGGGAUCUCAUCCAGUGUGCCUAACAACCUACUGAAAGAUGAUUAUAUUGGCAGACUAAGUAAUCUUCCUAAAAAUAGUAUCCCCACAAUGGGGCAUCAUAUGAAAUUUGAUUUCCAGAAACUUCAUCCACACUCACUUCCCGAGUAUCAUGAUGGUUUCACUGAAAUGAUUCCUUGCAAUUCCCAAAGCAUGUCCGCGGUUGAUGUUAACAUUAGACCUUCUAGAUUAAGCUCAAAUCCACAUUCCAUCAAAAUGAAUGAUACUGUAUUUAGUUCUUCUGCAAAUGGUGGAUCUCCUUAUAUGUGGAAUAAUAGCUCCCCUCAAACUCAAGGAGGCAUGAUGUGGUCUAACUCGCCAUCGGUUAUCAACGGGACCCACGCUGUUCGUCCUCCAUGGUUUAAUGCACUUCCAAGAGCACCACAUAUGAUGAUGAGUUCAGUUUUGUCUAUGAACAACAACCAUAAUCACGUAGGAUCGACACCAUCUGUUUCUGGUUUCAAUCUCGGUUCUGUUGGGAACAUGAGAAUAAUGUCAGCUAAAUCUCCCCAUCAUCUUCGACUGGCUUCUCAAAAUAUGUUUCCUCAUGUUGUUGGAAAUUCCAUUGAUGCUGCUGGACUGAAAUCUCAUCUUCAUCAUCAUCAUCAACCUCAGAGAUGUUUUAUGUUUCCCGGUAGAGCAUCACCCCAAAUGGUCCCCAUGGCGAGUUCUUUUGAAUCUCCGAAUGAAAGGAUUAGAAGUCGCAGAAGCGAAGGCUCUUCAAAUCAAAUUGACAACAAGAAACUAUUUGAUCUUGACAUUGAUCGCAUAUUCCAAGGCGAAGACAACAGGACUACACUUAUGAUCAAGAAUAUUCCUAACAAGUACACUUCCAAAAUGCUUUUAGCAGCAAUCGAUGAGCACCACAGAGGAACAUAUGACUUCCUUUACUUACCCAUUGAUUUUAAGAAUAAAUGCAAUGUGGGGUACGCAUUUAUCAACAUGACCGAUCCUUCCAUGAUUAUUCCAUUCUAUCAGGCAUUUAAUGGUAAGAAAUGGGAAAAGUUCAACAGUGAAAAGGUUGCAUCAAUUGCUUAUGGUCGCAUACAGGGUAAAUCUGCUCUUAUUGCUCAUUUCCAGAACUCAAGUUUGAUGAAUGAGGACAAACGCUGUCGCCCCAUUCUCUUCAAUACUGACGGCCCAAAUGCAGGCGACCAGGUUCCCUUCCCAAUGGGUGUUAACAUCCGAUCUAGGCCGACCAAGAGUAGAGCUGGAUCAAGCGAGGAAAACAAUCAAGAAGGCACAGAAAAUUUAUCAAAUGAGCACGAAUUUUUUAAUACCGAGCCUUAGGACUGAGUGGGAACAUUGUCCUUCUUGAAAGCGCUAACCACAUUAUAGGACAAAAGAAGAAACCAAUCAGAUUUUUGAACACAUCAGGCAUGGCUAACCUUAAAAAACUAAGGACCUUUUCUUAUCUACCUCGGAGGAAAAAAUACCAUAACUUUUUUGCCUGUUCACAGAAUUAUGAAGGAAUCAUUCCCCGUUUUGUUUGGUGGGAGUUUUGAAAAACAUAAAUCAUUUAGAAAAUGAAAAAAAGAAAAGUAAAGUGAGAUGAGAUGAGAUACAAAAUUUUGGAGUGUUUGACUUGUGCAAAAAGAAUGUAUGUAUGUAUGUAUGUAAAGCAGCGGAGUAACAUAUAUGGAUAUUGUUGCAUUAUGAAGGAGGCUAAAGAAGCUCAAUUUUGUUACCUUAAAUCCCCACAUUUUCCCUUUCCUCAUUUUGAUUUGCUGUUUCCUGAAAAGACAGUUGUUGAAGAAGGUUUUGAUUUGAGGCAAUGUUGUACCAAUGAUACUAACUAAUCAUAUAUACUGUUAUUUUUAUUGUUUCUUUAAUUUUAUUUUAUUUCAAGAGAGAACUUUUGGUGA